UGUUGUUUAGAAGUGAAAGGGAAAGUAAACAAAGCCACAAGUGAAAAAAAAGUAAACAAACAACAUCAACAAAGUAAACAAAGAAGGCAGAACGGGUUAAAUGGACAAAGUACAUGGAAAGACGAUCCACAGGACACAGACCCAGUCACUUUCGCAACUACAGUCACGGACUUCCCAGCCUUUGAAGGCGUUUGAGACUUCUAUAAGGAGCUUUGAUGAGAUGCUCUGUGGAGGGUUUGUGCCUGGACAGGUCUACGAGUUGAGUGGCUUGAACAACAGUGGGAAGGUUGAGGUCGGGCUACAGGUGUGCAAGAGCGCCUUAGAGAUGGAUAAGAGGGUGCUUUGGAUAUCUAUGAUGCAUUCGAGGCCCGUUGUGACGCAUGAUUUGGAGACUCUUUGUGAUGUUGAUCACGUUAGAAUCUCAACAUUGGGGCAGUUAUACGUUUUCUUACAGUCUUUUGAGCAGAUAUCAAAGUUCUCAUUGAUUAUACUGGAGGACUUUUCAUGUUGUCUGACGAGAUGUGUUGGAGACCUUCAACUGAUGGGCAUGAAGUCCACUUUGGAGACGAAGCUGGCACGUAACGUUGCAGAAUUGUUGAUGCUUAACUGUCAGAGGUUCAACAGUGCUUGUGUGAUGAUAAAUCCAGUUGAGACUUCAAACAUCUCGCUUGUACCUGUUGUAAUGAACAAUGGUUCAAAGGAUGGUAAGUAUAUAAACCAACAGAUCUUGGUUUCGUCAUUAGGUCAAGAACACAUAUGGAAUAAGAUAUUCAGAGCAAGGAUCAUGUUAUAUAGAGACUUUGCAACCAAUUCAUCGGGGACAUGUAUAUAUGCACAUAUACGGCAUAGCUCAUCGAUGAAGAAAGUGCUGGCUUCAAGAGGGGUGAAGCGACAGGUUGUUGCCUUUGGGCUGGAUCGUACAGGAUUGGUGGAGUUAUCAGAUGCUCAGCAUGGAAUUUCAAAGGAUUUUACAGUGGACGAGUCUGAUUUCAUUAGUGACUUUGAUUCUGGAGCAGAGGAGGAUGAGGCGAACGAGAGCGAAGUAGGCGACAAUAGGGUGCAAGAGAACAAAGUGGAAGAUCAUCAAGCUAAGAUACUCCCGUCUUCAUUAUAUGGCGAUAUCCAAAAUUCCCAAGAAAUGCUCUCCUCUCAACUCAACUCAAAUAUACACGAAGACAUGGAACGUAAACCACACUCGUUAUCACAAGAUGAGGAACCCACGGCAGUGAAUACAGACCAGAUGAUCCCGUCAACUAGGAUCGAAGUCUACAGAGACGAUGAUCCAGCGUCUGUUACUAUGGUUGAAGAUACAUCGAUGCAAGAACUCGAAGAUGAACUAGAGGAGCUAUUCCCUACACAGCCAGAGGCCAUAUCACUGGACAGGCUGACACAACUUACCCAACUUACCCAGCUACAAGACAAUGACGAGAGUCUCAACCAUUCCAAGAAGAGGGCCAUUACACACGAUGGCGUCUUCACCACCAGCAAACAGAGGAAGGCCAUGAUGCAACUUAGCGACGGAGUAAAUGUACAGAUAGAGGACGAGACCUUGGAGAUCCCAGCAACACUGCCCUUCUUCUAACAGACAUUAACAACCAGCCAAACAAUGAGAGCACUAUAA